AUGGAUAACAUAUCUUAUCCUGUGAUACUGACACUUAUGAUGCCUAAAGAAUCUAAAUCAUAUAGACAUAUAUAUUUCACUUGUUUUCUUUUUCUUUAUUUGCUUAUAUUGUCAAUUAAUAUACGUCUUGUUAUGGUCAUUAUCAUGACGAAAGCACUUCAUGAACCGAUGUACAUAUUCUUGUCUCAUCUGUGUAUAAAUGGGGUUUAUGGAGCCACAGGAUUCUACCCUAAAUUUCUGUCUGAUUUAAUACUGGAUUUAUAUGUGAUCUCCUCUCACAUGUGUGCUCUGCAAUCCUUUGUUAUUUACAGCUCUUUACUGUGUGAAUUUACAAUAUUAACAGUGAUGUCUUAUGAUAGAUAUGUAGCCAUAUGCAAACCUUUAGACUAUCAUUCCAAAUUAACUAAAUUCACCUGUUUGAAAUUAAUUCUGUUUUCAUGGAUUGUUCCCAACUUCUCUGUGAUUCCAGCAGUCCUGUUAUCAAACCUGAGACCAUUCUGUAAAUAUCACAUUGACAAGUUCUAUUGUGACAACUGGUCAAUUGUAAAACUGUCUUGUGCAUCAUCAUUUGUGAAUAAUGUCUAUGGAUAUAUUGUUGCUGUUAUAUUUUUGAGCUGUGCAGUUAUUAUUGUAGUGUCCUAUGUUAAGCUGAUCUGUGCAUGUAAAGCAUCUUUAGAAAGCAGAAAGAAAUUCUGGCAAACAUGUCUGCCACAUAUAUUAUCACUAAUAAAUUUCACGCUUGCUUUGCUUUUUGACGUUACGUUUAGCAGAUAUGGAUCAAAUGACAUUCCAGAGAGUCUGCGUAAUUUUUUGGCUUUAGAAUUAAUUAUAGUCCCACCUGUUUUUAAUCCUGUAAUCUAUGGAUUAAAUAUUACUGCAGUACGUAAACAAGUUUUUACUACAUGUGUUGCAGCAAGAGUUAAUGUUUCAGGAGCUAGAAAAAAGGGGUAA